ACCGUGUGUUCUGGCCUGUUCUGUUCAUCGCGACGCUGGCCACCGCCGUCGGGAGCCAAGCGAUCAUCUCCGCCACGUUCUCCAUCAUAAGCCAGUGCCGGGCCCUGGGCUGCUUCCCGCGCAUCAAGGUGGUGCACACGUCCAGCCAUGUCCAUGGCCAGAUCUACAUCCCGGAGGUGAACUGGACGCUCAUGUCCCUCUGCCUCGCCGUCACCAUCGGCUUCCGUGACACCGAGAUGAUCGGCAACGCCUACGGGCUGGCUGUGAUCUUGGUGAUGUUCGCGACGACGUGCCUGAUGUUCCUGGUGAUCACCACGGUGUGGAACCGGUCGGUGCUGUGGGCGGCGCUCUUCGCCGCCGGCUUCGGGUCCCUGGACAUGCUCUAACUCUCGGCGUGCCCCCGGGGCGCCGCCCUGCCGCUGCUGCUCUCCCUAGCCACGCUGCUCGUCAUGUCGGCGUGGCACUACGGCACGGCCAAGAAGCAGGAGUACGAGCUGCAGAACAAGGUGUGCCUGGACCACUUCAUCGGCCUCAGCUCCGGCAUGGGCCUCGUGCGCGUCCCCGGGGUCGGGUUCGUCUACUCCGACUCCGUCGCCGGCGUGCCGCCCAUGUUCGCGCACUUCGUCACCAACUUCCCGGCGUUCCACCGGGUGCUCGUCUUCGUGUCGCUGCAGACGCUGACCGUGCCCAAGGUGCCGCCGGAGGAGCGGUUCCUGGUGGGCCGGAUCGGGCGGCCGGAGCACCGGAUGUUCCGCUGCGUGGUCCGGUACGGGUACAAGGAGGGCCGGUGGGACCACUUCAACUUCGAGGACCAGCUGCUGGUGAAGGUCCUGGAGUUCCUCCAGCUGCAGCAGGCGGACGGCGACGGCGAGCGGUGCAGCACCGGGUCCGGCGAGAUGUCGGUCAUCCCGGCCGCGCCCAGCCAGGCCGUCGUGGACGCGCUGGCGUCGAUGAGCUCCGGCGAGAUCGAGUACUACGCCGGCGGCGGCGCCAAGAAGGUGCGGUUCGAGGAGCUGCCGGCGGCGUGGAGGAGGGAGGAGACAAUGUCGGAGGUGAGGGCGCUGCUGGAGGAGCGGGAGGCCGGGGUGUCGUACAUGAUCGGGCACACCUGCGUGUUCGCGCACGAGUCGUCGUCCGCGGUGAAGAAGUUCGCCGUCAACGUCGUGUACGGGUUCCUCCGGCGCAACUCGCGGAGGCCCGCCGUCGUGCUCGGCAUCCCCCACACCUCCCUCAUCGAGGUCGGCAUGGUUUACAGGGUGUGACUCACAUCGUCUCGCUGGCCGGGGCCGCCGAUCGCUCGCUCGCUCGCUGAAGAAGAAGAAGAAGCGUAGUUGUAGGCUACAGUAGCUCAAGAUAACUGAAGAAUAACAACACCUCGUUGCUGCUGAAAUGAAAAUCAACAUAGCAUGCAUGCUGUUGUUUGCGGAUUAUGAUCACAUCGGUACUGUCUGGUUUAACUCUGCCGGCGGCGAAGUAACGAGAGAAGCAUGCAGUCCGAUUGCCCGCUU